AUGACAGAGACAAUGAUGCCAAACGAAACAGUGUUGAAGGAGGGAUGGAUGGAAAAGCGAAGCAGUGGGCUUCUACAGCAGUGGAAGAAAAAAAGGUGUGUGCUAACAGAGGAUGGCCUGAAGAUGUACGAUUGCAAGGGAAAGUCUCAGGCCAAGCAGCUCAGCUUUAAUGCCAUGAAAACAGUGGACUGUGUCGAGAGGAAAGAGAAGUACGUCUACUUCACUGUGGUGAUGGAAGACAAGCAGGAGAUUGACUUCAGGUGCCUACAGGAGGGAGAUGCAAGUUCCUGGAAUGCAGAAAUCACAUUAGGUCUGGUCCGAUACAAGAAUCAGCAGGCGAUUCAGAUGGUGCGGUCCCAGCAGAUGGCACUAUGCUGUACACCUGAACAGAAUGCUAUAGUGUCUUGA